AUGUCAUCCUCAAUGCUCAGCAACCGGCCUCGCACCGAGCGCCGUUCGUCGAGGGUACCCGGUGGGUUCGAUCCAGAAGAGGAGGACGACGUGGCAUCCCUGGGAAGCGACGACAAUGAUUCGCCUGUCCACGAGCAUGAUUCCUCUUCUUUUAUGGUCGGUCACAGAGACCCGAGUAGCCUCCUGCAGCCCGUCGACGAAAACACGAAUCUCGAGUUGCCCGCCAACAUGACCCUGGACGAAAGCGAGAUGAACAAGAAGUUAUUGGAUGUUGAGUCCAGCUUCCUGCCCGAACAUUCCGACUUGGUAGAAAAGAGCUCGACCGCUACUGGUGCAGAUGACACGCACUUGUUCGGCGUGGUCAAUGACAAUGUAGCCGUGCAACGACAUGAAUUCCGCCACAGCGUCGAAAGCGACGGGUCCACUCGUCAAAUGCCCACCACGUCCAUGCUGGAGAGCAUGUCAUCCUCCCCUACCGCCGCCGCCACCGCCCGAACCCUCUCACGAGUUCAAUCUCUGGCUACCAUGGGUGGAUACGAGACUGCCAAUGAAACAGAAGACCAGGUCAGGCCUGAGAGGAGGUCCCGGAGUGCCCAGGACGAUGCGGAAGCUACCCCUCGCAAGAACGAGAAUCGAUACUUGGGCCUGCCACCCAGCACGGACGGACAGCAAGAGGGGUCGGAAAGCACAUCUAAACAAGGGACAAGGCGACCAGGAUACCUCCACAAGAGAUCUUCCCAGGCGCGCCUCUCCUACGAUUCAAUGGCCAGCUCGAAUACGGACGCUAGCGAUGUCACCGUGGGGGCAGACUUUGCGCUACAAUCCGGAGGGGCCCUGCCCGAUUCGAGCGCGCAGCGUAAAGCGAGGGCCACGAUUUCCAGACAAGCCAGCUUAGGAAGUAUGAUGUCUGGGAUAUCAGGUAUUAGCGACGAUGAAUCUCGGUCGCAGAGACAGGCUGGCACCACUGACUUGACGACAUUGGAGGAAGAGAGCCCCAACUCUAACAAGGCAGGCGGAUAUUCUACUCCUCGCGCAUCGGUUUACAAUUUCAACAUGCCUACCGAUGCCGUCAUCUCCAACAAUGCCAGAGAUCUGGAAGUCCCUGGUACUUUUGCUCGCCAAUACCGGCAAGAGCGCAGCAUGUCCCCUGAAAAGAGCAACACGAUUAUAGGAAUGACACCGGGCCCCAAGCGGGGCCUAACUUUGAAAGAGCACAGAAGCACUGUGGAGAAGUUGGGUAAAGAGAACUUCGACCUGAAAAUGAAGAUUCAUUUCUUGGAUCAAGCGCUGCAGAAGAGAUCCGAGGACGGCAUCAAGGAGAUGAUCACGGAAAAUGUACAACUAAAGUCCGACCGAUUGAGGUUGGAAAAGGAUAAUCAUAAUUUACGGAAGCAGGUUCGAGAUUUACAGAAGAAACUCGAGGAGACAGGAGCCCGCGACUCGCCGAAUGCUGAUCCAGGGUAUGCCACCGAUGAGGAAAGAAGUCCAACCACCGAGGAAGAAGUCAUCUAUCUCCGAGAAAGAAUCGAAAUUAGUGAGAUCGAGAUCGAGAAGCUCCGUCAGGAGAACCUCGCCAAAGAAACGGAGAAGCGGAAGCUCGCCGAAAUGGUCAAGUCCCUGGGUGACACUCGCGCCACUACUUCGGAUGUCGGGUCGAGGGAAGAACGCGACAUGUGGAAGGACAUGCUUGAAGCAGAGACCAUUGCGCGUGAGCAGUCCGAAGAAGAGAACAAGCGUCUUCGGGAUGAGGUUUCCAAGCUCAGGAGCGAGACAUUCGCGUCCGGCAAGUCGAACUCGCGCAAAAUCAAGAUUGGCGGCUCGGUUGUUUCGAGGUCUAGUAGUGUCGAAGCAGCAAAUGCCAAAGACGCCGAGAUUGAGAGAUUAAGACAUGAGGUGUCGGAGCUGCAGAAGAUGAUUGGCGCCCAAGCUUCUACGCUCACGUCUCGGAAUAAGGAGAAGGAGCGGCUGUACCAGGAAAUCGAAGAUCUGAAACUCGGCCGGAUGGGUGGCCUUCGAUCUGUGGCGGGAGACAGUAUUCUCGAUCGGUCGGCGUCCCGAGCACGGUCUCAUUCCCGGGCAAGCAAUGGAACGAGAUUGUCCCGGAUGAGCGACCAAGAGCGCGAGGCUCUUGAGACGAGGAUCAACGAGCUUCGUGACGAAGUGUCACAGCUGAGACUCGAAAACCAGAACCUUCAGAAUCAGUUUGACGAGGCACUUGCAGAACUUGAUGCCGUGGAUGCCCAGGCACAAGCGGACGCGGAUCAAUUCAACGAGGAACUUCUCCUGCUCACGCAGGAACGCGACAAUGCGUUGCGGGACGCAGAGGAGCAAGACCAAGCCUUCCAGCAAUUGAAGAGCGAGGCUCAAGAGGAAAUCGACGGCCUGGGAGAUGAGCUGGACGCCAAGGUAGAGGAAUGUGCCAAGCUUGAAGGAGAACUCAAGUCUCAGGUCGAGAACGUCAAGGCGCUGCAGGCAGAGAUGCGAUCUGCCGCGGAAGGUCUUGUCCGUCUCGAAGAGGAUGCGCAGCACAAUCUGGCGCGGUACCAAUCUGUCAAGGCCGAACUUGACGACGCGAACCGCGAGCUGGAGAAUCUCGAAAAGACGCUCGCCGAGGCUGAAAGCAAGGUGCAACGAUUGACGGUGCAGCAGGAGAGCAGUCAUAAUGAGAUUGCCUUCCUCCGUGAAGAGCAAGACGCUGACAAGAUCAAGAUUGGGGAUCUGGAGUCCCUGCUCAAGAAAGUACACCUUAACUUGGAAUCCGAAAGAGAUAAGAGCAGAGAACUCGAACGGCGGAUUAACGAGGAACGGGCACAACGAGACGCGGUUGCCAGUCAGGAAAAGCAAGAGGUGCAACGAGUCAUCAAUGAUCUCAACCGGGAAGCUUCUGGCGCGAAGGACGAACUCCGGAAGGUCCGCAAAGCCCUCUCAGCGCGCGACAUCGAAGCCAAAUCGUACCAGGAGCGGUUGUCCGAAUUGGAGGAGAGUCUCCGCAACAUCAUUGGAGACCCGAACAGCUCUCGUGCGAGCUUGAUUAGUGCAGUCACCAAGAUGCGCCGCGAACUGGACCAGACAACCAUUGACCUGGAAUCUGUCCGAAGGCGACUCGAGCAGACAGAGAAUCUGCUUGCCGAUCGUGAUGCCUUGCUCGAAUCGACGAGCCACGAGUGCAGAAAAUUGGCUGACGCCUACGAGCGAGAGAAGGCAGGCCGGCGACAAGACAAACUGGACUUUGAGAAGACCAACAAGGGUCAUAACUCGACCACGAGGGCGCUCACGUCGGCGUCCACCAGAAUUGCCGAACUCGAAGGACUCCGCCAGACCGACAGGAAGCGGAUGGCACAGAUGGAAACCCAACUCAAAGAACAAUUAUCGGAGAGGAACCAGGUGUUGCUCAACCUCUGGAAAAGGCUUUCGGCCAUGUGUGGUCCGGACUGGGCCCACAACAACAGCCUGAUCAAUGGCAACCUUCCUUCUCAAGAAGUGAUUGGCAAUAUGCUCUUCUGGCCUGGUUUCAGCCGGAAUCUGCUGUUAGCCGCCAAGCAGGUCGAGGGGACACUGUCCACCUUCAAAGACAAGAUCAAACGCGUUGAACGCGAGCUAUAUAAGGAGUACCAGGCUCUGGAACAGACCCUGGAAGUGCGGACCCGGAAGCUGGAACGUAUCGAAGAGAGCUGGGAGCAGAUGAAAAUCAAGAUGUCGGAAAUGGAGAGUCGCAUGGACACCGGGGCUCGAACGCCGAAGUCCAGCAGAACGCCUGAGAUCAGCAAAUUGAAGGGAGAGAACCGGUUACUGAAGGCCGAGCUCCAGCUUCUCCAACAGCAACAGGCACACCACAACCUGCAUCACCGACGGGACCGGAACGAGAGCCGCGCCUCUGGCUAUUCGAGCAUCAUGUCCAAUGAGGGACCAGGUCAGGUUGACGGGGCUGUGAACGGCACGGUUGGGGUGCCCGCUCGCUCCUCGAGCAUGAGGCGCACUCGAACGAUGGAGCUGCAGCGACAUCAUUCCACUGGCAUCGUGGAACACCUCGCCAGCAUGAGCGGCGACGUGACCUCGUUGCGAUCAAACUCAAUCUCGAGUCGUCAUUCCGGCUACGCACAGGGCGGCGAACGGGACCGGGGUGGCCUGAUGAUUCCGGCGGGGCCCUUCAACGCUCCGGCGGAUGGGAAGUUCUCCCUGCCCCCUCCCCCACGAGAAGCCCCUCCUGCACCACCGAGCACGGCGUCGGGCUCAGACAUUGCGAGCAUUACAGCAGGGAGCGCGGGCGGCGGUCAGGGCCAGGAGAAAUGGAUCCAUCGACUGCGAGAACUGGAGAGGAGGUUGAAAGCCGAGCGGGAGGCCAGGUUACUGGACCGAAGUGGUGCCCGGAGGAGGCUGGAGGAAAGAGAUGCCGUCAACGAAGAGUUGCGACGUGAACUGGAGCGGGAGAGGGUUAGAAAAUCCAGUGCCGAAGGUGGUUUUGAUGCAGGCCAUGCGAUCUCACCGCCUCCCCUGACGUUACCGCCACCACCUCCUACCGCCGACAUGGAGCAUCUACAAGAAGGGACUGUGAUGGAUUUCGAUGCACAUGGACCUGGGCACGGUGUUGGAGGAGCGAGGAAGCGCUAG